AUGGCAUUGGUGGAAACAGUAUCCGGGAGAGUUUUAUUGGGUUUGUUAUUGCUUUACGAUCAUCACCAUGGUUGCGUUGCGUUGGCUGCUUCCGGUGGAGUUGGGCCAGCGUUUGGAGUUAGGGCAGCGGUUGAACAUGACUUAGGUUUUUGCACGAUCAUGGUGAUAUUGGGUUCCAUUCUUGCUGUUCUGGCUUACCGAUUUCUUACUAUUACCGAUGAAAUAAGUGUUCUUAAGCUUCCGUGCGAACCGAUCUCAAUCGGAUUGUGCGAUAACGGAUCUCAAUCGGAUUUUUCAGAUUUAGAUGAUACUACGCAUCUACGUACGAACCGUGAGGAUUUGAGCUGCAUAUUACAAGGAGGUGACCAUUUGGACCGGACCGGACCGGUUUGUCGCGAAAUUGGUAGACCUAGGACAAGACCUGUUGAGACUUUUCUUGUCAAGGUCUGGUUCUCGGUUCUUGGAUGUAGGGAGACAACACUAGCUCUACUUCGGCAUCCUGAAUAUUGCAUCUCUGGUUAUUCCUCUGCAUCAACUUCACGUGUGUAUAAUGAGAGGAGCUUAGAGAGUUGA